GCAGAAAAAGAGAGCUUUAAAAAAGCGAAACGAAGAGCACGAAGCAAGCCUGAAAAAUUUUCUAUCAUUCAUUCGAGAUUCAAACUUCGAACGCUCUAGUAAUAAUUGAAUUCGCUUGUGUUAAUUAAAAUCAAUAUCAUAUAAUAAUGGGAAAAACAAAAGAUCCAAUGUCCUUUGCCAAGGAUUUUCUUGCUGGUGGUAUUUCAGCAGCUAUUUCAAAGACCGCAGUAGCUCCAAUUGAACGUGUCAAAUUGAUUCUUCAAGUACAAGCCGCUAACAAGCAAAUCGUCGCUGGACAAGAAUAUAAGGGUAUCAUCGAUUGUUUUGUCCGUAUUCCAAAGGAACAAGGUUUCGGUGCUUUCUGGCGUGGUAAUUUGGCCAACGUUAUCAGAUAUUUCCCAACCCAAGCCCUCAACUUUGCCUUUAAGGAUGUCUACAAACAAGUCUUUUUGGGUGGUGUUGAUCAGAAGACACAAUUCUGGCGUUACUUCUUCGGAAACUUGGGAUCUGGUGGUGCUGCUGGUGCCACAUCACUUUGUUUCGUCUAUCCAUUAGAUUACGCUCGUACCCGUUUAGGUGCUGAUGUCGGCAAAGGAAAUGCUGAUCGUCAAUACACAGGUCUUGUCGAUUGUCUUAAGAAGACCGUCAAAUCUGAUGGAAUCAUUGGAUUAUAUCGUGGUUUCAGCGUCUCAGUUCAAGGUAUCAUCAUUUACCGUGCUGCUUACUUCGGUUGCUACGAUACUGCUCGUGGAUCAUUACCAGAUCCAAAGAACUCACCAUUCAUCGUCAACUUCGCUAUUGCACAGGUCGUCACAAUCUGCUCUGGUAUCUUGUCAUAUCCAUUCGACACAGUAAGAAGACGUAUGAUGAUGCAGUCUGGACGUGCAAAGGAAGACAUUAUGUACAAGAACACACUCGACUGCUGGGUCAAGAUCUCCAAACAAGAAGGUACAAAAGCCUUCUUCAAGGGUGCUUUGUCCAACGUUUUCCGUGGUACUGGUGGUGCUCUCGUCUUGGUUCUUUACGAUGAACUCAAGAAUAUCAUUGCCUAAGUUAAUUUAAAUUGAAUAAUUGUCGUUAAUAACAGCAAAUUAUUUACUUAUUAAUUUAAAUUAAAAAAAACACAAAAAGUAAACAAAAAAAAAGUAACACGCAAGUAUAGAAACAAAAAACUAAAAAAAACAUCUUAAAAAAUUUCUUUUGCGACAACAUUUCCAACUUAAGACUAAAUUUUCCCCAUCGAAAAUUAGCCCAAAGCUCACGUCAAAAGUGGUGCAUAGAAAAAAAGAGAUAAGCAAAUUAUCAGUAAUAAGUUUUUGAAAUAAUUUAUUUGUGAAUUGAAACUUCGUUUAGCACGUAACUCUUUUUGAUGGACGGAAAGGAGUAGAUCCUUUCUUGAAAUAAACAAAACAUUGUUAAUUAAUGUUGACUGGCAAAAUUCAGGUACAUUCUUCAAUCUCUCUAUCAAUCCAAUUCUCAGAAGUUCCUCAACUUUUAGUAUCUUUUCAAAAUUCCCUUUUUUUGUCCUGAACAAGAACAAAAGCGCAGGUAGAUAAGCAAGUAAUAACAUUCCCAUCUGAUUUAAAAUGAAAAUGAAAAGAAUUUCUACCAACAACCUAUUGUAGAACGAAUUUUGAGGACUAUUCUGCAUUUCUAUCAGGUUUUCAAUAUUUGAAAACUACAGCAGUCAAUAUUUUGCCAGUAAUGAGUCGAAAAAUAAGCAAUUUUCAGUUGGCUAUUAAAUUAAAUACAGCAUAAGAACGCGCCUCUAGUUUUAAGACGACAUACAAGAAAAUGAUUGAGCGAAAGAAAUGCAAUAGUAUUGUAAUGGAUACGAAACAAACGUGAAAAAUAAUUUAAAAUGUUUUAAUUUCUAUUAAUAGUGGACACAAGCGAAUUCAUUCUUAAAAAUUAAAAAAAAAAUUUGUCUUUUAAGACUCUCAGAAUUUUAAUAUGAAAAUUUUGGGACCUUAUAGGAACCGAUAUAAAAAAAUUUAAAUAAAAGUUCAC